CUGCAUUGGUGCUAAUCAUAGCCUGGAAGCCUGGAACGCAAAGCCAACCCGCUGACCGGUCUCCGCUUGUCGAAGGAUUAUGUGUUCUCAAUCAGUCUCCUUGCUGAAAUAUGGCGUGGUCUGCACCGGAAGAUUGGUCUCGCUGGGAUCCAGAAAAAUUAUUAGUAUGUCCGUACGAUGAAGUGCAUAGGAUAAAGGCCAAAAGAUUUCAAAAACAUUUGUUAAAAUGCCGAGAGAAUCACCCUGAAAAGGACUUCGUAACUUGUCCUUUCAACGCAAAACACGUUAUGUUAAGAUCGGAAAUUCGGCACCAUGUCAGUAGAUGUCCUGAUAGGGUGAGUAGAAGUCAAAUGAUAUGCUAUGAACACUUGCUGUGUGAAUUAUUUCGGCAGGAGAAGGUUUCUCCGGUUUUCAUUUUGUUUCCAAUCUUCAUUUUAAAAUGUGGCUUACAUGACAUACCAAUUGCCCAGCUGUUGUUCAGAUUAUGUUGUUACACUAAACUAUCUUUGCCACUCACAGUUUUCCAUUACCUAAUUUCCUUUUCAGUAAGUUGGAACCCUGUUAAAACGGUCACCACUAGGUCAUAAAAAUUUGGCGACAUUAACAGGGUGGCCGUAUUAUCAGGGCAGGGUCAAAUUUCAUGACUUAAGCCAACUAGAAUUACAAAUGCACCAUAUAUUGCAUUCACACUUCUUAAAAAACUGUUCUCUUAAACUCGCAACCAGAAUGAAGAUAUUGCAUACAGUAAUAACAAAAACUACUUGAAACUUUUCUUUGAUAGGUAAAACACUGCCAUUAAACUGCCACAAAUGCAUUUCAAGUGUACGUUAGGUUAAAGGGAACCUCCACUCUUACUACAGAAUAAGUUUAAAUCGAAUAAAAUUAUGUUGAUAAACAAAUUUGUUCGAAAUUUGUCUUAAAAAAUGUGUUUAUAUCAGGAAAAGUGAAUUUUAAAAUCGCUUAUUUUCACUUUCAAAUUUGUGCUCAGCUGACACAAAGAUUUUUGUUUAAUAACAAUGAAAUUGACAAAAGUUAUUUCUUUUCGGAUACAAACAAAAAAAUAUUUUAGAUUGACUUGACUGUAACAGUUAUUUCCUGUGAUUUAAAGUUAUAUUUUUGUUGAAGUGGAGGUUCCCUUUAAAGGCAACACAAGAACAGGCUCAGCUGGCUAGAUCAGUGAAAUUGACACGUCACAGGCAUUUUAAUUUUCUAAAUUUCGAACGGGUGGCCUUAUUAACAGGUUGAAAUUAUAUAAGAUUCUACUGUUUGGGAUUUAAAAAAUGUAUCCGUUGGCUGUAUUAACAGGUGACCACAUUAACAAGGGUUUUUUUACCAGAAAAUGUAUGCCUGUUUUGCCAGGCCAAAAAAACUGGCCGCAAUAAUGAGGUCCAGACCGUAUUACCGAGGUGGCCAUAAGUCGGAGUUCCACUGUACCAAAAUUCUUUGAUUUUUUACCCAAUUUGCAUUCAAGAACCAAAGGGUUAGAAAUGUGUUAUAGUUUUUGUACAAGGCAGUAAACCUUAUUUUUUCCUUAAACCCCUUUCUUGAGGCCCUAUUAAAGUAUAGGGUAAAAUCUGAUAAUCAAGAUAGCCUUGAAAGACUGUGACAAAGGACAGCAAAAAUGGCCACAAAUGACACAAAGAUGGGUUGAAUCUGCGACACGACACAGAAAUGCACAGAUACAAUAGUAAAUUACCGUCAGUGACAUGGCUUCCUCCUCGAUACGUGAGGAUACAGGUUUUGUCAUAUGUAGCCCCCCUAAGAGAGCCUCAUUCUUUACUCUCCCCAUCAUAAUGAUAAAUACUGGAUUUUCAGUCUUGUUCUCCAUAUAUAUAUAUAAGUCGAUUGUCUUAACAAAUUUUACUUUGUUUUAAUUUUCAGACAGUUAUAGAACAGUAUAACUACAAAGGUAUGUUAAAACUACAAGUUAAGGUCAGACAGCACUAAAAAGUUGUUACGCCCAGAAGAACCCUUCGUUAAAAGACCCUUCCAGAGCAGUCUUUUCAACUUUUGACAUGGACCGAUUAUGAGAAUUUCAUCAACACUACUGGAAAGAAGGCCUGAAAAUAAUAAGUAAAACUGUCAAAUUUGGAAGUGAUAUGUUGAAAGUGAUAAGUCAUAAGUACACGAAGAUAAAAUUAGCCCUGCAAAGUUUUGAAAAUUUACAGACUUUGGUAUGAUUGGUCGCAAGUUUGUGCCCCCCACCAUACAAACGUCUGUAAAAUUCCGUGAGUUUCAAGAGCUAUACAUUCCUUAUUUUUGAACAAAACAAUUUCAAACUUUGCUAUUUUACUAAUUUAAAGGUGCUCUUUCCAGAUGAGUUUACUGAAUUUCUUGUCCACUUGUCCAUGUCAAAAGUUGAACAAAAAAAAGCAUGGAAAGAUCAAUUUGUGCAGUCUGAGUAUUUCUCUAUGGGGGGAUGAAAUUUUUACAGUGUCACCAUUCCCAGUUUUAAUAGAGGGUCCCUUUUUUUUGCAGGGGGGAAGAUUUAUUUGUUUGAAUAAUUUUUAGCAUCAUUGUUAAUGUGCUGCAACCAUGAGGCAGGAAUUGUGAAACCCGGAUCUUGUUUAAUAUGCACUUAAAAUCUUCUUUGGGGUUCCAGACCUCAUGGUACAUAGAUAUUGAGUAAGGAGGCUGGGGAGCUUUCUGGCAGAAAAGAAACAUUGUAACUUUGAACCUCAGCCUUUCAGGACCUGCUUUUGAUCUAGGGAAAGACACCCCCAGAUUUGAAAUUUGAAAAAGAAAAAAAAGUAGGCCAAGAAGCAAAAACACUUAUCUUAAUUUCCCUUACUUAAGACUAGAGGUUUUUUUUUGUUCCAUUUUUCUUUUGUUUCCUAUGAAAGGACCUGGGGGUCAUGCCUACAGUAACUAGGGGAAAUUCACAUGUCCCAGCCCUUAGUAAAAGCCCUGCCCGUGAUGAAUCUGUAGCAUGUGUGGGUUUUUUUUCUAAGUAGGGAGACAGAGUUUUACUGUUUGUGUCGCCCUGCAGAAGAAACGUUUUCCAGCACUCCCGUAGCAUUUUCUAUCAAAUCAGUCGUAGUUUUCCACUGGAAGGUAGAAGUCAAUCUUUGGUGAUUUUUGGAGUGGGUAAUUAUUAAUUUUAUUAUGAUGAUAGUUACUGGUUUGCGAAUACAGCUGUCAUUCCUCACUCCUUGCCUAGGGAUUUUCCACAAGUCCUGAGGAGCGAGGAGCGAAGAGAUACGGCUGUAUUUGCAAGUUGGAUAGUAGCCUGCGUGCUUGUGGGCCCAAAAUUCCCUUAGUUUUCUCUUCCCUUUCAAAUGCCUGCCGCAUAGGCUAGUUGGAUAGUUGCAUGUAAACUUAUUGUUUUGUUAACAGGAAGUGAAAAGGAUGAAGAUGGCUUCUACUUCAAAGGAAACACUUCCGUUCCAAGUUAUCACAAAACUGAGGAUAUACAAGAAUCUUCUGAGAGUUGGGAUGCAGGUCUGUAACAAGCAUUCACUUGAAACUUUCGGGUAUCCGUAGUUUUGUUAAAAGUAAAGCUGGUAAAAUUCAAGAGCGGGGCCUGACUGUAAGGUAAAGUAGAAAUAAAAUACUUUUAUUUAAUUGCCUGGUGGCCCUUUGCACCUUACUUUUGCCUCCAGGUGACAAGAAAAUCUUAGUUUUUUCAUAGAAAUCAUAGUUGUGCUGAGCACCCUGAAUUUCACAGGAUCAGAGCACUGGGCUUCCUUCAAUUUUUCUUAGAGCACAGCCUUGCUUUCAGUCUAAAAAAUCAUUAAAUGUCUCUUUCUCCAUGCUUUUUGCUCGGUCCAAUUUCGUCUGCCCAUUAAUCAUUUUGUAUUACUCUACAGGGCUUUCACAGUUAGCAAAAAGUCAUGGAAGAAAAAAUAAGUCAAUGUUAAGGAAAAGUCACAAGGAAAUUGUCCAAAGAUUCCCGAUGGGAUACAUGUUGGCCCAUCUUGGCCGCUCGGGUAGCUAAUCUGAAUGCAUGAUUUGCUUCAUCUAGCCUGCUAUUGGAUUCAGCUACCCUGCAAGCAGAAGUUUCUGUCUUGCAUUACUUUUAGCACUUAUGAAGUUGUUCGCCUCACUUGUCUGUUGUGUUUAAAAUAAACCAAUUACAUGACUGACAAGCAAUGCAAUGUGAAUGACUUCGUUAUUCAACCAGGAAUGAGGUAGACAAAGAACUUUGUGGAUGUGCUACCUCCAAAUCAUUAUUUAUUUAUUUAUUUAUUUUAUUUGUUUAAAUGCUAGAAGCCAUGCAAGAGAGAAAGCUCUGCUCACAGGGCAGGUUUCAGCCAUGUAAUAAAAUGAUGGGAGUACUGGUAGGUAGGUUGCAGUUAGGUUGGCUGCAACCAGACUUAAUUUCCCUGUCCUAUGAAUCAUUAACUAUAAUGUUUUUUGCCGUUUCUAGGUGAAGAGAGCGAUUUCCAGUGGACUGAACAUAAUGACAUUAAUACACCCCUGUGGAACCAAGGGAUGGCUCAAACUUCUCAUGCUGUCACAGAUACACUAAGGUUUGGAAACAUAUGUUAUCAGCUGAUCGAUAUAAUAAUUUUAUUAUGGUUUCUGAUUUUAUGUAAUGUCAUGAUAAAGUACCUGAAAGUCAGCUUAAGAGUGAUCAGUAUCAAUUUUCUCCUAACUAUUUUAAUACAUAAUCAAUCGAUAAAAUGACCAUUACAGAGAAAAUGCAUUGAUCUCCAAUCAAAUUCUUUCAACUAAUUCUUUAAGGAAUUGUAUGGCGAUCAGUGUGGAGAAUUUUUAGAUUGAUCUUUGGGUCUUAAGGGUUAUAUCACCGACACCAAAUCCAGUAAUCUGUAUUUUUUCCGUGCGUUUAUCAUUCAAAGUUCUUUCUUUUGUCUAACCUCAAUCCCUUCAAAUAAGAAUCACUGAACGACUGAAGCUAAUCCGAAAUUUUGACGUAACGGGAGCAAAGCAAGGAUUAUUUAUUUUCAACAGAUGUGGUACUUCUACAUUACUUUCACAUCAGCGAAGUUUUCCCUGUCUCAUUUUCUAAAAUUCAAUAUAACUUUUAUCAAAAUUUGAAAAAAAAAAGCAAAACAAAACAAAAAUCAAUGUCUGAAAACCUUAAAAGUAUAUUUCUAAGUGUCUCCAAAAUUUAUUCCAGCCCUACUAUUUUGAUUUUAUGAGAUGGUGAGUUGUUGCUGUUUUUUUUUUUGGCAGUUUAAGUCCAGAAGAACGAGAAAAAUUCAAAGGACAGAUGAGAAGAGAAGCUGCAAUAAGAAAUGCAAAGUAAGAAAAAAAUCACUCAAAAUUUUAUAUUUAUUGUUUAUUGCAUACUUUACGUAUCACGUUAACAUUCAAGUACCUGGUUUUUUUACCCUGUUUGAGAUGGCAUCCCAGUUUUAAAGUCAAAUCGCAUUGCCUGACUUUCUGUCUCUAACGUAAACGCGCUCGUCUUUUUAAGGAAACCUAAUUAGAUCAUUAUUGACGACGCCUGGUUCCAGUAUAAUCGUCAAGAUCCCGUCCAUCGUCCUGCGCCAUCGUGUUUCUGUAGUGACCUUUUCGUGGUAGACUGGUUGUUACCGAGGACGUCCUGUCGUUUAUGUUUGUUUGUCUGUUUAGUUCUGGAAAGGUAUUGCUCGUGCCUUGCCAUCGGUUUGGCAUAGUUGGUCACAUUAUAUAGACUUGCUACAAGUCGACCUCCCAUAAGUUCUUUGAAGUGGGCGAAGCGAGCUUUAAUGAAUGAGGUCGCACAGCGACCGAGGGAGCGACGAAGUCUCGAGGUCGACUUGUUUCGUCUGAGUGGAUUUGAAUCAUAUUAAUAUAUAGAUUUAGCCAGGGCUAAAAGCGAAGCUCUCAUUCAUAUCUAUAGUUCACUCAAACAAAAUAUAAAAUCGUAUAAUUCUAAAAGGCAAAGGCAAAGAAAACAGCCAAAAAAAAUCAGUAGGUCUAAUUAGCAAAAAAACAACUUUGCACGUGCAGCACACUUUUUUGUACAUUUCUGUGCCGUUGUUUUGCAUGACUUCAACGUGAAACUUCCAGAAACUUCCUAGUUACACGUUUUAUGGAGGAAAUGUUGUAUGUGUUCCUGUUCACUUUUUUUUCGCUGCCACUCAGUUUCACCAUGGUGGCCGCUAGCAUUUCUCAUUUUUCUCACCGCCGCUAUAAAAUUCCAACGAAAUUGGUCUCCUUUGUUUUUUAUCUCUCGCUCCAGCUCUUUCUUUGUUAUCCACGUCAAUGCAGACAUUAAAAGUAAGUCGAAAGAAAGAAUCGGCUUUAUUGUUGUUGUUGUUUUUUUUUAUCUCUAAAAGUCCGGGUGGCUAUGCGAUUUACCGCCGAAACGCACGGGUACUUGAACUGCACAAUUUCACCCCGCCUUACAUAACGGGGUGGACGUACGGAACGAUUUUAUCAGAACCAAAAUUUCUUGGAUACAUUGAUAACCAAAUUUUUUUACCCAUGGCGCUCAGCUGCGCGCGAGAGCUCCGCUAUAAAUUCUCGCGGGAAGAGAAAUGAUUGACAUAAUGUUGUGUCGGGAGUGGCGUGAAAUAUCACUCACUGUCCUAUUGGUCAAUUGUCAUAACGUCACCGGUAGAAUUUUCGACCUGUGAAUUUCGCGCCAAACUGGUAUGACAAGUCCUUUAAAUGGCAUAACCAACCAGGAAAAAAAUACAGGACUUCUAGAAAGUCUACAUAUCAUAUAGCAAAGCCGAAUCGAACUGACUCAUUCGGGGUAGGCUGGUUGUCACCAAAGGGUCCUGUCAUUUGUUUGUUUGUUUUUCAGCUCUGGAAUGCUGUUACCUUCGCAAAGAUGGGCCAGCUCUGAAGGAUAUAACAAAAGUUCAGACAAUUAUAUGAUGCAACAUUCAUUGCCUACUAACGUUGGACAAAGUGCAAUGGCGAACUCCUCAGUACAAGAGGUGGAACCUGUGGUUCAUACAGGCGUCUUAACCAACACUGCUUCAAAACAAAGAAACCCUAUAUUUGAAUAUUGUGUUCAGCGAAUGCAGAAUAGUUCUGAGUGCGGUAAUAAACAAAAUAUGGUGGUAAGUCAAAGUGGUGCGUGCAAAAAAGAAGAAGUCAUGAACGAGAGUAAUCUUACACUUCAGCGUCUAACAAACGAAGGCGUUUCUUCUCAACACCCACGCAACACUGUGUUAACAUCUUUUACACAUGACAACAUGAAAUUAAGAAGUAACUUUGCAUACAGCGGAAUGGAAAAUAAAUCGUUAUUACAAGAGGCAAGAAGCAAAGAGGGAGACGUUGCGAUUUCUAAUGUUUGCGGACGGCAAAAUCUUUUAACACCCUCCCAGCAAACGAACAGUUUUACUCAAGAAUCUUCGGCGAUGGACCCGAUAGAAUUAACAGCUGGUUUUAUAGAAAAUGAAAUGGAGAAAACACUAAGAUUACACGGGAAUACGGCGAAGCCUGAAGUGGCUGCAGUGUCGAGUGUUUGCGGACAGCCGACUUACCCAACAUCGUCAUGCGCGAACGGUCCUCACUUGGCCGGUGUGGGUAGAGCCAGGCACUUCGCUGAGGCCAGAAAGAACAAUUUUGGGGGCAUUUGUUACAACCCACCAAAAAAUGCAGGUAAGAAUCUUUUGAGUGUAUUCUAA